CGCAUGACUUUCCGCUUCCUGUUCUCUCUUUCAUGUCUCUAAAAACUUAACAGCGAGAAAACUAGGGUUUUUCGUAUGUUCCGUUGAUAAAAUAAAAAAAAGCUAAACUCCGACAUGGCCCUACUGAAAGUAUGGACGUCGACGAGACUUUUAAACAGAUGUCUACCAGAGGUGGUUGCCAAGAGGCAUUUGUUUCCUGCAUCAACUUUACACACAGCGACCACCCAGCACAACUCCAACAAGACAUCAAUUGUACGAUGCAGUCGACAGAACUAUGAAAGAAUGUAUCCUGUGUUGCUCAUAGAACCGGACGGUUCCACAAUUAACAUUAGGCACAAGAAGCCCAAGAGGAUACUCAUGAUGCCUGUGGACAUCAGUACACUCUCAGAGGAAGGAAGGAAAAGGAGGAUGCGGAAGCAGGAUCCCAAGAAGGGAGCUGUUAAGCAGAGGACGGUGGAAUUCAAAGACGAUUUCAAAGCAGAUGAUUACAGCAAGUUUUGGAAGACGUGAUAGAGCCUGU